AUGCUAGGGCAAGCUUAUAACCUAAUGGCUCAUGCCAUCCUUCUCUUCCUCUUAUUCUCUUACAUUAUAUCUACACAUAUUCAUGCCUGCAAACAAACUGAACGCAGCUCCCUCCUGUCCUUCGCCUCCACUUUAUCUUCUUCUCCUUUAAAUUGGACAUCCAUUGAUUGUUGUCGUUGGAAGGGCAUCACUUGUGAUCAAGAUGGUUGGGUCACCCGUUUGCUCUUGCCUUCCAAAGGGCUCAAAGGACGUAUCUCUCCCUUUGCACUUGUAAAUCUCACCCACUUGAACCUUUCCCACAAUUCACUAUAUGGUUCACUUGAAACUCAGUUCUUCUUGUCUUUGAAUCAACUUGAGAUCCUAGAUUUGAGCUAUAACCGUUUUUCUGGAGAGUUACCACUUUCUCUACCAUCCAGCAGUAUCCAGACAGUUGAUUUGUCCAGCAAUCACUUCUUUGGUGCAAUUCCAUCUUCAUUCUUCCAACAAGCAAGCAACUUGACUAGUUUCAAUGUCAGCAACAAUACUUUCACAGGUGGCAACCUUGCUCUUGGGCUAGGGAAGUGUUCUGAAUUGCAGGUUUUUCGUGCCGGUCACAAUAACCUCUCAGGAUUACUUCCAGAAGAUAUCUAUAAUGCUACUAAACUUGAAGAAAUUGCAUUGCCUUUCAAUUCACUACAUGGAGCCAUUAGUGAUAAAAUUGUCAACCUCACCAACCUUGCCAUCCUUGACCUCUCCUUUAAUCAUUUUGGGGGCGAGCUUCCUCUCAAUUUGGGGAAGCUCUCCAAGUUGAAGUUUGUGACCUUUGAUUUCAACAAUUUAGAAGGUGCUUUGCCCCCAUCUUUGAUGAAUUGCACAAACCUUGUAGAACUGCGUUUGGAAAACAACACCUUGGAAGGAGAUAUCUCCAUGCUUGAUUUCUCAAGACUUAGUCAACUUACUAAACUUGACCUAAGGGUCAAUAACUUCACUGGUACAAUUCCAGUAAGCCUUUACUCAUGUAGGUCCUUAAAAGCCAUUCGGUUGUCCAAAAAUCAUCUAGAGGGACAAAUACAAGCUGAGAUUCUUUCAUUGAAAUCCUUGUCCUUCCUCUCACUUGGUGGCAACCGAUUCACCAACCUCACAUGGGCAGUGAAGAUAUUGAUGAGUUUUAAAAGUCUUCACACACUCAUACUUGCUGGUUCCUAUGAAGGUGAGGGAAUGCCAUCUGAUGAUGACAUGGUUGAUUUUGACGGAUUCCAAAAUCUUCGGCUUUUUAGUUUGGCUGGUUCUGACCUCCAUGGUCAAAUACCUUUAUGGUUAUCAAAGCUCAAGAAUCUAGAGCUGUUGGAACUGGGUUUCAAUCAAAUCACAGGGCCAAUUCCAAAUUGGUUGGGGACUCUUCCUAGGCUGUUUUAUAUAAACUUGUCAAAUAAUCGAAUUUCAGGUGAAUUUCCAAAGACACUUUGUAGACUACCAAGGUUGCUUUAUGGACAUAAUAUAGCAUCUCAAGCAGACCAAUAUGAAUUUGAAUUGCCUAUCUACGGCCGCAGCAGCAGCAUAAUCGCAACUCAAAAUUUUCCAACACAUAUAUUGGAUUUUUUUGCAGCAACGAUAGUCUUAUCUAACAAUAACAUUAGUGGUGAUAUACCUACUGAGAUCGGCCAGUUACAACUUCUCCAAGAGUUGUAUCUUGACUCCAACAACUUCUCCGGCAUCAUUCCAGACCAAAUAUCUAACCUGAAAAAUUUGGAGGUUUUGAACCUCUCCAUGAAUCUCUUGUCUGGAAUAAUCCCAUCAUCAUUGGCGAGCCUUAAUUUCUUAAGAGAAUUUAAUACCUCGUACAAUAAUCUUGAAGGACCAAUACCAAUAGGCACCCAGCUCCAAAGCUUCAACGCUUCUGCCUUUGAGGGGAAUCCAAAACUUUGUGGUGUCCCACUUCCAAAUAAGUGCGAACCAAAUAAGUGCAUUGAUACAGAUAACAAGAACAACAAAGACGAGGGCAAUGGGCAUCAUCAACUUCCAUGGUUUUAUAUUUUUGUUGUGUUGGGGUUCAUAGUAGGAUUUUGGGGAGUCUGUGGUUCUUUAGUUAUUAACAACACAUGGAGAUAUGCGUAUUUUCGAUUCAUAGACAAUGUACAAGAUUGGCUUUAUGUGAUGGUAACAGUGUGCAUCAACACGACGAAAAGAAGGCUUAGAGGCUAG